AUGGGAGGCCGUCGGUCUCCAUUAGAACCGGGCUUACCGUACCAGGCAAAGUUAAGGAGUGAUCUCUGUGUAUCCGAAGAGGAUGAGGAGCUCGAGGGUUUCAGGCGGGAGGCGGCAGUCCUGCGUGACAAGCUGUGGGAGGCUCUCAGUUGUACAUCUGGUAACAAAAGGCAGUCCAGUUCUUUGAUCGACCUCACCUCAGACAGUACCUGGGAUCAGCAAAAGCCUCACUUCGUUCCUAAAUCUCGCUUGAGGCCAAAAAGCGCUUCAUCUCCCUGGAUUCCUUCCAUCACCAUCCCUCAGCCUUUUGAAAUGACACUACGGGAAGCUCGCAAAAAGUCCCAGUUGAUGAAGUCAUACAUGUUUCUUGAGCUAGGCAAACAGAGUGACAAAAGGCAAAGCCAGGAUGAAGCUGAAUGUCAGAAACAAUUCCGGGCACAGCCUGUACCUGCCCAUGUGUUUCUGCCUCUUUACCAGGAAAUAAUGGAGCAGAAUGAGAUUCGCAGGCAAACAGCAACACAGAAAAGAAAGGAGCUGCUACUUUCAACCCAGCGGCCAUUCAGUUUCCUGGAGAAGGAGGAGAAAAAGAAAGAAGCUAUCAGACAAAAGUUCCUGGCAGCAGCAACCCCAAAUGAGGGCUCCAAACAGAAGCAAGGCAAUAAAAAAGUUCCUAAAUCUACUUAUGACCUACUUCUUGGAGAUAAACUCAAAGAAGCUGAACUCUACAGAGAAAUCCGCAUUCAAAUGAGAGCGAAGGAUUUGCUUAAGAGCUCCGUAGCUCCUAUAGAUACUAGCAACUGUCGGAGGGAGCCUCAGUGCCGAACUGCCGCUAGAACUAAGCAGGAAAGACUUGGCUUCUUGCAGGACAAAAGUUUCAGCUUCAAGCCAAGGAUUAAUCCAACAAUACCGGAUUUUGAAGGACUUUACUGGGCAUUUCAGAGGGAAGCAGUAAGGAGACAAAGAAUCAAAGAGGCAACUCGUAAUAAACCAUUCCAGCUAAGAACCUCCAAUCUCCGUGACAGGCAGAGGCAGGCUAAUGAAAAGAUAAAGGAUUCUCAGCAACUUUCGAAGGUUUCAGUGCAAAAAAGUCAUUCUUUGACCAGACUUUCCUCUCUCUCUUCCAACACCCUUCCAGUGCAUAUUACGGAUGCAACUAGAAAAAGGGAAUCUGCUAUUAGAUUCUCCCAAGAUAACAAAAAGGAAGGGGACAAAGAAGGAAUUUAUUGGCUGGAGAAACAGAAAAAAAAAUGUCAAGCUAUCCAAAAGUCAGUGAAUAGACGAGCAAAAGCCCUGGAUCCCCAUAAAAGUCUGGAGGAAACACACCAGGAGAAGUUGAAACAGAACUGGCAAAAUAUGAGAGAGAGAACAAAGGAAUACAAAAAGGAGCUGGAAGAAAUGCAGCUGCGAGUCAAGAACAGACCAUACCUCUUUGAACAGGUCACCAAGCGUGAUGCUCGUCAAGGAGCAGAGCGUCACUACAGACACACCCUCCAGCAGCUUGGGCUAAGCGAAGAAUUUGUAAGAAAAAAAGGGAAAGAUGUCACUGACUUGCUGGAAGAAGAAUCUGAUAUUCACAGAGCGCCCAAACCUCGGGGUGAAAAGGAUGAGUGCACUGCACAGGAAGGAGAACCUGAAGAAGAACAGAGCAGAAAGGAAAUGGCAACAUAA